AUGGCUUUGACUUUUAACACCAAAUUAUUCGCGCUCCUCGCAAUCUUCGUCCUCCUUUCAUUCAACAUCGAUUCUGGUGUCUCAGCCCCUCAUAAAAGGCCUCAUCAAAAUCAUGCCAAUACAAACAAUGCAACUGUAUAUUCUGGCGAUGGUACUUUCUAUGAAGUAGGCCUAGGUGCUUGCGGAAUAACUAAUACUGAUGAUCAAUUAAUUUGCGCCCUAAAUUACGAAAUGUUUGAUCCAGCAACACCUCUCAAUAAUCCAAACAAGAAUCCGAACUGUGGAAAAAAAAUCAAGAUAUGCAGAGGAGCUAGGGAAGUUAUUGUCACCAUUUAUGACAGGUGCGCAGGCUGCAAAUAUGGUGAUAUCGACCUAAGUCCGGCUGCAUUCUGUAAAAUUGCUGAUCCGUCGGAAGGCCGUGUACCUAUUACGUGGUCAUACAUUGAUUAA